AUGACUCCCAGCGUAUUCCUCAUCCUCCUCCUCUCCGUCCUGCCCUCUCCCGUCGCGGCGGCCACACCCCGCGACGCCAUCCUCCUCUCCCACGUCGAGUCUAUCACCCUACGCGCCGACCGCCAGACCUCGCACCGCCGCGUCUCCGCCAUCCCGCAGCUCCAAUGCAUCGCCUCCCCGGGCCUCUGCGACAAGUUCCCCGUCGACGUCAUGCGCUGCGACAACAGGGGUUCGGGCUACGACUCGGAGGAGAUCCAGUGGAGCUGCACCGCGCAGCUACCUCCAGAGCUGAAACUAGGCUCGACCGAUGUCAUCUGUGAAGGCUACACCAGCCCAGACGACCCUUACGUCCUCAAGGGCUCCUGCGGCGUCGAGUACCGCCUCGCCCUCACCCCCCUAGGCGAGGAGAAAUGGGGCCGUCGCCCAGCGGCAGGCAACCCCUACUCCCACUUGGACAACCCAGACACGGCCGGCAGUCGUAAGGACCGGCUGUUUGUCGCCCUGUUCUGGAUCGUCUUUGGUGCCGUGGCCUUGUGGAUCGUGUACUCCUUGGUGCAGGAGAUGCUCGCACCGAACCGUCCCAGGGCCCCACGUCGCAUUACCGGUGGUGGAGGAGGCGGCGGCGGCGGCGUCACGGAAGUCUGGAGGCAGCGCCACAAGGAAGUCGACAGCUCAUCUCGCGGGGGCAACUGGCAGAGCAAUAUCCUGAGCGGCGCCGCUGGAGCAGCAGCAGGGUACUACGCGGGAAGUCGGGCGCGGAACAACAGCAGCAACGCCCCGGCACCGAGCAGUUCAUGGUUUGGAAGCCCUGGAUCAUCAUCUGGCAGCGGAUCGGGAGUGAGCAGUUCACGAUACGAGAGUACUGGUUUUGGCUCGACAAGUCGGCGUUGA